AGUUCACGCAACGCAUUUGAACGCAUCCAAAGAUUAGCCAACUGAAGCACUGCUCUUGUUGCUCAUCUCGUCGGACACUUCUUCGCCAAGUAUUCCACUCAAGCCACUCGAUUACAACCAUGUUAAAUUUCGCAGACCAUAUCGAUUCCCUCACCUCGUCUUCCAGAGAAGCCGGCGGCAAUGAAGUCAAAACAUCGCUGUUGGACGAGUGGACCAGUUACCGAGUUGACAGCCGCGAUGUUUACCCGCUGGAACAAGCUCCUAUCGGCAAAUUGUGGGAUUCUGUUUUAGAUGUGUUUGGUUUUCAGGACAUCCACCCUAUGGCAAGAAGUGUACUCAGUAAUCUCAGUUCUGAUCAUAUCUCGAAACUCUAUGAUUUACUUGCUAGCUCGCAUACGAACGACGAGAUCUCGAGGGAAGUGUCUGAACUUUGUGGCCUUGAUGAUACAGGUUUAGGACGGGAGCUGGUGCAAUCGCGCGCCGUGGUAUUACAGCAACUCGCUGGUCUGCGCUUUCAAGUCAGCACAGGUGUUAGCAGUGCUUCAGGGCGAUCUUCCGGCUGUGGUGAAGUUAGCUUUGAUCCAGAAGAUGCGCGUCUUAGGCUCGAGGAGACACUAAAAGCGAAUGCUGCCCGUCCAUUAUUCACUAAAAAUGCCACAGAUACUCCGGAAGUUUUGCCUCACGUCUAUACAUCUAUGGCCAACAUUAGUGGUGGAGGUGUCAUGUCGCAGUUUGGGACUAAAUAUUCGUUGCCAAUGGGGACCGCCCGACAUGAUUACAAGGAUUACUUGGAAGUUAUCGUUCCGCCCGCGAAAGCAGUCUUCAAGCGACCCUCAGAACGGCUGAUAGCUGUAUCUGAAUUGGACAACUUAAUCAAAGGAUCUUUUGCGGGGUAUACGCAUCUUAAUAGAAUCCAGUCUAUCGUUUAUCCCACCGCCUAUGGAUCCAACGAGAACAUACUUAUUUGCGCCCCCACUGGUGCUGGGAAAACUGAUGUAGCAAUGCUGACGAUUUUGAGGGUCCUAGAUCAACACAGAAGGCCCGGCGCACGGGAAUUGCCCACAACUCCGACUAUCGACCGCGACAGCUUCAAGAUUGUCUACGUAGCACCUAUGAAAGCUUUGGCUUCAGAAAUCACGCAAAAGCUAAGGAGACGUUUGAAAUGGCUUUUGAUUCAAGUCAGAGAAUUGACUGGUGACAUGCAACUUACCAAAUCUGAAAUCGCGGAGACGCAAAUAAUCGUGACAACUCCAGAAAAGUGGGACGUAGUUACCCGAAAACCAGCAGGAGAAGGAGAGUUAGGAUCUAGACUCAAACUUCUUAUCAUCGAUGAAGUCCAUCUACUGAACGAAGAUCGCGGUGCGGUCAUCGAGACUAUAGUCGCUCGAACUUUACGACAGGCAGAGGCCAGCCAGUCUGUCAUCCGCAUCGUGGGUUUAAGUGCGACGCUUCCCAAUUACAUUGAUGUGGCGGACUUCUUAAGUGUCUCACGUUACACAGGCCUAUUCUAUUUUGACUCGUCUUUCCGACCGAUACCCUUAGAGCAACAUUUCAUUGGUAUCAGGGGUAAAGCCGGGAGUAUGCAGGCCAAAAGAAACCUGGAUCAAGUCACGUUCGAAAAGGUAUCCGAGUUGGUUAGGCAGGGUCACCAGGUUAUGGUCUUCGUGCAUGCCCGAAAGGAAACAGUCAAUACUGCAUUCGCGCUCAAGGACGCUGCAGCAGCGGAGGGGUCACUUUUGGAUUAUAGUUGCGAAGAUAAUCCACAGUGGAACUUCUACCGCAAGAGCAUAGGGGAAUCUCGCAACAAAGAGAUGAAGCAGCUUUUUUAUUAUGGUUUUGGUAUCCAUCAUGCUGGCAUGCUGCGGUCAGACCGAAAUUUGAUCGAAAGAUUGUUCAAAGAGAGGGCUAUAAAGGUGCUAUGUUGCACUGCCACUCUCGCAUGGGGAGUCAACCUCCCUGCUCAUGCAGUAAUUAUCAAGGGGACAGAAGUCUAUGAUAGUGCAAAGGGCAAGUUCGUAGAUCUAUCUGUCCUAGAUGUUCUACAAGUUUUUGGUCGUGCUGGCCGGCCCGGGUUAGAAACAAGUGGAGAAGGGUACAUUUGUACUUCAGAAGAGAAACUCUCACACUACUUAGACGCUGUCACAUCGCAAACACCGAUUGAAUCAAAAUUCGAGUCAGGAAUGAAGGAUGCAUUAAAUGCCGAAAUAGCCCUUGGAACGGUCUCUAGCGUUAGCGAUGGUGUUCGUUGGCUGGGCUAUACAUACCUCUUCGUGCGAAUGAAAAAGAAUCCUUUCCAGUACGGUUUGUCACGAGAAACAGUCGCCAACAAUCCCGUACUCGUCGAAACGCGGCGACAGGCUAUCAAACAGGCAGCCAAUCAAUUGGCGAAACUAAAAAUGAUUGACUUUGAUGCUGAUGCCGAGACAUUCACCUACAAAAGAUAUAGGACAAAUCGCGGCAAAGUACUACGUCCGUCAUCAGUCCAUAGAGAUAUGGGACACAUUCUUCAAAACCGGCAUGUCCGAGGCAGAUGUACUCCGCAUGUUGAGUAUGAGUACCGAGGUAUAUCUGUAUGGCAUGACGAGGGACCGGAAACUGAUCGAGGCGCGCAGUUUAAUCAAAUCCAGGUUAGGGAGUCAGAGGUCAAGGAACUGGAGCACUUGAUGGGACUCGUGCCUUGCGAGGUUUACGGAGGAAUGGAUACGAAUCAGGGGAAAGUCAAUAUUUUAUUGCAGGCGCACAUAUCCAGGUUGCCUAUACAAGAUUUUGCUUUAAUAUCCGACAGUGCAUAUGUUGCGCAAAAUGGUGGUCGGAUCAUGCGGGCACUCCUGGAGAUGGCUAUCGGCCGCAAGUGGGCAAACACAACCGUUGUUCUCGCGACGAUGUGUAAAGCAGUGGAGAAGCGCAUGUGGCCUUUCGACGAACCAAUGAGACAGUUUCCGCUUAAGGACAAUAUUAUCUACGGCCUCACGAAUCUUCACACGGAGUAUCAUCCAAAGGAUCUCGCCUCUAUGCCUGCAGCCGAACUAGGAGAACUGAUUAGACUAAACGAGGGCCAGGGACUCGCCCUUCUGAAGGCUGCGAAACAGUUUCCAUUCCCGGAAUUAUCUGCUUCCCUCCAUCCACUGGGGCCUGAAAUAUUGAAGAUAGCGGUUUCUGUGACAAGAACUUUCACUAUCAAGCGCAUCGUAUUACGCGAGUCGCCAGAGGUCUUGGAUGUUAACUUCAUUAUCUCCCUAGUCGGCCAGAGUUUACCUUCCAUGACAGUUCGCCUUAUCUCCGACCGGUGGUUGGGCGCCGACAACGAGCAUUCGGUAUCGCUAGAUGAUUUGGUCAUGCCGGUAAUUUCUCAUGCACACACACGGCGGCAAGACGUUGGCUUUCUGCCCAUAUCCUCUCUACGCCUUCCCGCCAUAGAACAGCUGUACUUUUCAGUUCAGUGCAGCUUCCUGAAUGCCAUCCAGACACAAGCAUUUUGGAGCGUUAUCAACACCUCAGCUAAUGUUCUUCUUGCUGCACCAGUCUGUUCCGGGAAGUCAUCCCUGGCAUACAUGGCAAUAUGGUCAACUCUGCUCAGAUCGCAGACCGUCGCUUGGGCGCUUGUCGUUACCCCUAGUAAAGCAAUCGCAAGAAGUACACUCUCAGGAUUGAGUUCCGGCGCAGCCAUUUGUGGCAUCAACGUGGAAUAUAACAAUGAAAAGACAAUCUUUAACUCUCCGAGGAGUAAAGUGAUUCGGGUGGUCACUGCUGCAGUGCUUCUGCACGCUUUACGCAUUACGCACGCCAAAAGUGCCAAACCAACACAUCCCAAUCUCGUUCUGUGCGAAAAUUUGGAACAGCUUGAUGACACUUACGAACUUGCAGGUCACUUACCUACCCGGUACAUAGGAAUAUCACGUUCGCUUAAUGACCCCACGGAUCUCGCGUCAUGGUUGGGCGUCGAGUCCAGGGAGCUGUACAGCUUUCUUCCCGGGGACCGUGAACAAUCAUUGAGCUAUUCUGUCCAGACGUACUCGAUGCCCAUAUCUGAGGCGCUGUUCAAGGCAUUGGCCAAGCCUGCCUAUGCAGCCAUGGGACUCGGUUCCUUCACCGAGUCUGCCAUUGUUGCCGUUCCCUCACGAGCACACUGUACAACAAUUGCCCAGGAGCUCAUUACACAGCACAACCUCAACUCGGUGACCGAGACGGGGUUUCUUGCCAGGACCGCAUCCGCGAUAGAUGUAGAAGAACGUCUGGGCCAUUCAGAGGAUCAUAUCGCGGCAAACUUCGCUUCGCGCGGCGUCGGCAUCUUCCACAGGGGAAUAUCCGACACGACACGGGAGCGUAUCCUUGAACUGUUCGCGGAGGGCAUCAUUCGCGUACUCGUCGUCACGCGUGAGGCGUGCUGGAGGCUACCCGCCAGGGCGGGCGCAGUCGUUGUCGUGGGUACCCAAUAUAUUUGCGUGAACCCUUCUACUUCCGAGCGCCAGCUCAGAGAUUAUACGCUGCUGGAGCUGACGGAGAUGCAAAGCUGGGCCGUUCAGCAGUCUUCGCCGGGACACUUUACUCUGUUCUGCCCUGUUGAAGACGGAGAGAUGUUCAGCAGGUUCUUGAACGACGACGGAUUGCCGCUGGAGUCCAAAUUGCUAGAGACGGACCUCCUUAGCAGGUGGUAUAGGGAGAGCAUGGAAGGAGGAACGCUCCGUAACGAGGAAGAUGCUGUCCAGGCGUUAUCGUUUACCUUCAUGGCGAGGCGACUUGUCAGUAACCCUACUUACUACGACGUGGAAGAUAGCACGCGGGACGAGGUUUUGUCUAGCAUCAGUCAGAGACUUGGUAACUAA